AUGUCUCUUUCUAGGCUAUUUUCUAGUCAAAUUUAUUCGAAUGUUUUGAAAAUUGGAGCGAAAAAUGAGUAUUUUGGAGCACAGAGCAUUUUUCAAGUUAGAUGUAUGAAGGUGAGUUUUUGGGGGGAAAAUUAAAAUUUUAAAUUUUUGGAAAAAAUUCUGAAAUUAAAAAAAAAUUCAAAUCCCAUAUAAAUUUGAAUUUUUGGAAAAAUACUGGAUUCUCAAAAAAAAAUCCUGGAUCCUGGAUUCUUAAAUUCUCAAAGAUUUAGUUUUUCAAAAAUAAAUUUUUUUUAAAAUUUAAAUUCAGGCAACAUUUUAAAAAAGUUCAAAUUUCAUAUAAAUCCGAGUAUUUUUCAAGAAUCUUGAAUUUCAAUUUACAAAAAAUGUUGAAUUUUUGGAAAAAUCCUGAAUUUAAAUUCUCAAAAUUUAGUUUUUCAAAAAAAAGUUCAAAGUUCAUAUGAAUCUGAUAAUUUUUUAGAGUCCUGAAUUCAAAUUUGGAAAAAAAAAAUUUGAAUUUUUUGGAAAAAUCCUGGAUUUAAAAAAAAAUUUAGUUUUUUUUUGGAAAAAUCCUGGAUUUAAAAAAAAUUUAGUUUUCAAAAAAAAAGUUCAAAGUUCAUAUAAAUCUGAAUUCAAAUUUUCAAAAAUAAAUUAUUUCUUUCAAAAUUUAACUUCAGACUUUCACCUUCACCUAAAAAAAUUUCAAACUCGAUAUAAAUCUGAAUAUUUUUCAAGAAUCCUGAAUUUAAAUUUUCAAAAAAAUGUACAUAAAUUUGAAUUUUUGGAAAAAUCCUGGAUUUUUAAAUUCUCAAAGAGAAAAAAUUCACUUUUUCAAAAAAAAAAGUUCAAAUUUCAUGUAAAUCUGAAUUCAAAAUUUCAAAAAUAAAUUUUUUUUUUCAAAAUUUAAAUUUUCAAUUUCAAAAAUAAAUUUUUUUCCAAAAUUUAAAAACCUUUCAAUUUCCAGACCUUUCCCAACAAACCCAACAAUAAUCAAUAUCAAAAAUUGCGAGACACCCGAAAUUACACAUAUUAUAUUAUGAGUCUGGUGAUCGUGGCAAUUGGCUGCACAUUUGCUGCAAUUCCUGCUUAUCGUAUUUUUUGCGAGCAGACAAGUUUUGGAGGAUUGACGCAGGUGAAAUUUUGAAGGAAAAUCUGAAAUUUAUCUAGCUGAAAAUUUUCCAGGUAGCCAAAGAUUUCGACAAAAUUGCGGCGAUGAAAAAAUGCGAAGAUCGAUUGAUUCGAGUUCAAUUCAAUUCGGAUGUUCCGUCGAGUAUGAGAUGGGAAUUUAAACCACAACAACAUGAGGUUUGGAGCUGGAAAUGGGGGGAAAAUUGGCUGAAAAUCAUGAAAAAUAGGCUGAAAAUGACCUAAUAUUUCCUUAGGAUAAUUAAAAAGUAUUUAAAAUUAUCUUAAAAUUAUUGAAAAAAUAUCCUAUGUCAAAUUACUGUAAUUUUCAGAUACCUAGAUUUAAAAAUUGAUAAAAGUACUGUAAUUUUUGGCCCCGAAUCCCUUUUCAAAAUUUCAAGUUCUCAUUCCAGAUCUUCGUUCACCCUGGCGAAACAGCCCUGGCCUUUUACACGGCCCGAAACCCAACAGAUAAACCGAUUAUUGGAAUUUCCUCAUAUAAUUUGACACCAUUUCAAGCCGCCUAUUAUUUCAACAAAAUUCAAUGUUUCUGUUUUGAAGAGCAAAUUUUGAAUCCAGGAGAACAGGUGAGCUGAAAAAUUCGAAUUUUUUGGGUCCUGAAGCGAAAAUUUCACGCAAAAGUUCCCAAAUUUCCAGGUCGAUCUUCCCGUAUUUUUCUACAUCGAUCCAGAUUACGUAAAUGAUCCAGCUUUGGAAUAUUUGGACUCGAUUCUACUAUCCUACACAUUUUUCGAAGCGAAAUCUGGUCUCAAAUUACCCGAUCCUUUUGACCCGAAAAAUCGGCCAACAAUUGCUCAGGAUAAUCGGGUACCCACAAAAUAA